CCAUUUGUUACCAUUCGGUUAACAAUUCUCCCCCAUUGUAGUGAAGAGUAGAAACAUUUUUGUGCUAAUAGUUUCGAGUUAUUUGGAGAUUUGCAGUGCCAUCGCCGCCCGUUUCAGUGCCAACAAAUAAAAUGUUGAGAUUCGUAUCUACCAUCGCAAUUCUCAUCGCUACUGCUAAAGCAGCUCCAGUAGAUCCGGUGCACUUCUCAAUCGUGGCCCAGCAUCCACAUGCAGACGCUGUACACCACACCUUACCCGAAGUGCAGCACCACCCAAUUUAUCUCGUUGAAGCCCACGAAAAUCACCAGCUCGCAUUGCCUCAGCAACACAUUGUUGCGAGCAGCCAUGAACUGCUUGGUCAUCAGCAGGGGCUGAAGAACUACCAUGGUGAUCAUAGCUCUUUGUACGGUGGUGAAAACCAUGGUCAUCUGUACGAUACAGGUUAUCAUGGAGAGUAUGCCAAGACUUACCACGAUUACUACGCCUACCCAAAAUAUAGCUUCGAAUACGGCGUUGACGAUCCACACACCGGAGACCAUAAGAAGCAGUGGGAGACCCGUGACGGUGAUGUUGUGAAGGGAGGAUACAUGUUCAAGGAAGCUGAUGGAACAACUCGCGUCGUUGAGUACACUUCGGAUGACCAUAAUGGCUUCAACGCUGUUGUCAAGAAUAUCGGACAUGCUCACCAUCCUGAGGUUCAGGCUCACCAACAGCAGCAUAAUCACGUUGGACAUUUGAGUGCCUACGCUGGUGCUUAUGCUACCGGUGAUUACUACGGCAAGGGGGCCUCCAGCUACUCGAAGAUCUGGAAGCAAGAGUAGAGGUGUUAUUUUUUUCGUGCUUCUUCCAAACUAACAGUUCUGCCAAAGAAAAGUAUUAACGGAGCAACAACAUUCGAAUAAU